CAUCAACCUCAUCAACCCACUUUCGGCAGGUUGAGUUACAUAUAGUGGGUGGAGUUAUCAACCCGGUUUGUUUACAAUAAAAUUAGGAUCAUCAAACAUUCCAAUUCCGAAAAAAAUUGUGUAAAUCUGCAUUAAUGGCCAUUAUCCAGACUGUGUUAAAUUUGUUGUGCUAUUAGUCCUAUAAAAUCAAGGUAAACAUUGAAAAUAAUUAUUCUCUGGAAAUAACAGUGCCAGUGUUGAAUACCGAGUCCAUAAGUUAGUGCCCCAGUGAAAAUCAUGGCGGCGCUAUGAAUUCCGACUAUCCGCGGGACUACUAUUCCUCGCACUGUUCGUUGGGUGAAGUGGACACGGAUCCGCUGUGCUGUUGUGAAUAUUUCGAUCGGACCGAUGAACGUAAUCACAUUCUAGCUUGCUGCUGUAAUUGCGUGGACUUUGACGAUUCAUUUGACAGAUUCAUCUCGUGUCGGCCGAUCCCGGUGGACAAGCAGCGUGGCAUGCUGCUGACCUUCCAGGACCGCCUCCGUAUACCGUGGCGGGGCGGUGCCAAACAGGUCACCGUGGACAAUGUUCUGCCGGUUGUGUUGCUCGUUAGUUUGCAACUACUGGCCGCGCUGGACUUCUACUGCAGUCUGGUAGUAUUUCCACUGAUUCCGCUGCUGAUGGCAUUUCUCAAACGAUUUCUGGGACGAGUGCUACCAAAGACUAAAUUUUUCUCACUAUGGCUGUUUUGGAGUGGCAUCUACUUGGUGGUGUUAUUUGAGUCAACCGUACCACUGUUGGAAUUGCUACCAGAGGAGAAUAUUGCUUUCGUGGCAUUGAUGUCUCUGUCGUUCUUCUGCUUCUACAAAACUAACGUUCGUGCAUCGUUGAAUCACAUCAAUCAACCCCAGUACAAGGACGACCCGUUGGGCAAUGGAGACUCACAGACGGCGAUUUUGAUAUCAGACCGCGAGGACUCGGACGAGAGUGAUGGUCGAUUGGCAUGUCAAACCUGUCGGAAGUAUGUUCCUCCCCGAACCUAUCACUGCAAGGUUUGUGCCACGUGUGUAAUCAAACAGGACCAGCACAGUGUUUGGCUGAACUGCUGCAUUGGGCGAUCGAAUCAUCGGUACUUCCUGUUUGGGUGUGUUUCGUCUCUGUUGGCGCUGUGGCUGUUUGCCAAUCUCUCGCUGACAUCCGUGUGCCAUCCGACACCAAUCUUCACCCUGUUUGGAGUGACCGUCAUGCUGCCAGACGACUGCGCCGAUAUCUACUUCCAGUACGACAUUGCUCUCUGUUUCACCGGUGCCAUCUACGCGCUGCUGAUGUCACUGUUCAUUCUAAUCUCACUACUGAAACAGACCUGUCUGAUUUCCCGUGGAUGCACCGAAACCGAGUGGCAGCGAGGUGAGCAUAUCAACCGGCGGAAUUGUCUAGUCAACUGGAAGAUGUUCUGCCUGGGACAAUAAGAAAGCCUCACACAUGGCACACAUGGUGACCUGGCGGAGUGAAUGACUAAGAGUAUGAGCAUCAUUAUAUUAUGAUUAUUAUUAUUACCAUCAUUAGUAUCCGGUAUACAUAGGUCAUAGAAGUAUGUAUUUUAAACCGUUUUAAAAGUUUUCUCCUUACAUUCGUACCGAUAUACGGUCCGAGACGAGAAUUCUCGCCUUCGAAUUGAAACAUCUGUUGAAGGUAACAAGAACAUAAAAUCAAUGAAAAACAGUUGAGUUUCCUGUUUCAUGUUUUUCCUGCUCCCGCGAUUACGAUUGAUUGUGAAGCAAAGAUAAUUGUUAAGGCAAAUUAUUACAUUGAAUAACUUAAGUCCAACAGCCCCUUAGCCUGUAAGUAGUAACUUUUAAAAUGAUCGUUUUUGCUCGUACAAAGAAAGGAAGGCAGAGCAAAAUAAUACUCAACACAAUAAUUAUCCGAUCUAUUAAAUAUUAUAUUUAAGAGUACUAAGAGUAUCAUCAAUUCAUUAGUCUAAUCUCAAUGAUAGAUCGAGUGCGCCCAUUUCUGACGAGGAGCAGUUUGAAUCGGCUACCGAAAUGGGAAGAUCGAUUCUAAUGUGUGCUGUGUUUAGCUCUAGCACAGCGCAGUGCUGAAAAGUAGACUGAUAAAAUCUAGCGAAAGAUGUAAAACGAACUUGGCUUUAUAGUUUUUAUUCCCUCUUAACACUCGUAAAACCAGUUAUCAUGCAAAUACUUAAUCAGAUCCCAGAAGCAAAGAAUCUACCAAAAAACAGUACUUUAAGACGUAUUACGGCGCGCACUAUCCAGCAAGACCCAGUAUGAUUGGUGUUCAUUUUGGAUGGGAAACGUGCCACUAUAUAGCCAGUUGAUUUUAGAAUUCUAGGCCCAGAAGUGAUUACUCCCAUUGUUUACGUAAUCCGAUAGUAUUCGUUGCACGCGUACAAUUUCUUUAUCCUUCAAAAUAGUACCGAAAACGUACAAUUUGCAAGUGCACACAAUUUAGUACCGAAUUUCUCUUGUAUUGUUAAACGUAACUUCUAGACAAAACUAUCGAAGAAAACAAAACAUAACCCGUUUCGUCAACUAUACACCGGAAGGUUCAUCAUGUUGCAUCCAUUCCUCUAUCAAUAGGAAUUUGAGUCAUAAUUAUCAUCAAUAAUAAUUUACCUGCCCAUUAUCAAACACUCUCAA